GAGGAGUUAUUAGAAGAUACGUCAGUUUGCAAAGUAACCCUCCUUAUAUUUUUUCAAAAUAUGCCGCAGACAAUAGUCGAAAAUGAGCCGAAUGGUCGUAUAAAAACGUCCUGAGGGAGUAGCAAACCUCCGCGUUAUCUCCACGCCCAGGGCGCAAGUAUUUCUGAGACUGGUUGUCAAAAUUGAGGGGAAGCUUUUCACGGUUAUACUUUGGAUGUAUGCCGGAUGAGGGAAUUAUCAGAGAGACCUAUAAAUGAAAUUCUAUAAAUGAAAUCGAUGAAAUUGCUCUGGUGCAUGUCAUUCCUGUCACGGAUCGCUGGUGAAUCGUUGUUCAUUUGCUUAAUUUUCUAGUUCAACCCCGGCCUACUAUGCUGAAUAUUGCUAAUUGCAUGCUAGAUGAAGAUGAAAACCUCGAUGAGUUGUUGAAACAAAUAGACGAUAGCGAUGAAACGGACGGCAGUUAUCAAGUCCAGUUACCAACCACGAAAGCCAAACGACAGAAACUUAUGGCUCCCAAUCUCACGGCAGUUCUAGAUAGGGCUAAAGUUAGUGAUCGCAUGGCCGCAAGGAUCCUUGCUGCUACCCUCAUAGAGGCCGGGAUAACGUUGGAAGAUGUUGAUUUGAGCCGCGAAACUAUUCGUCGAAAUCGACAACAACAUCGCGAGGUACUCCAAAGAAGCAUUUGCGAUAAUGUGAGAAUUAAAAAACCAGAUGUCCUCGGCGUUCACUGGGAUGGAAAGCAGGAGACGGAUCCGGGAAAUAAAUUCGUAAAAGCUGAUCGACUUUCGGUGCUAGUAUCGGGUCAUGAGUGGAGUCAAUUGCUUGGUGUACCCAGAUUGGAACGAGGAACCGGAUAUACGCAAGCCGAAGCAGUCCAUAGAUUACUGAAGGAAUGGGAUCUGCUGGACGAUGUAUGCACCAUGGUGUUUGAUACAACAGCAAGCAAUACAGGUGCCUUCAAUGGUGCAUGCAUCUUACUGGAACAACUAGUUGGAAGAGACCUGCUGCAUUUGCCAUGUCGUCACCACAUUCUGGAGCUACUUUUGAGAGCAGCCUUUGAAUCUGGCAUGGGAUGGACUUCGGGGCCCGACGUUCCAAUUUUCAAAAGGUUUCAAGUGCAGUGGAGCAGUAUCGACAAAAAUGAUUUUUCCCCCGGAGUUCAUGAUGCUACAGUGAAGGAAGCACUCAAUGAUCACAUGCAACAAAUGCUCGAUUUCGCUGAGGCACAAUUAAAGGGUGAUACUGUUCGCAUGGACUACAAGGAGUUCCUGGAACUGGUGGUAUUGUUUCUGGGUGGGAAUUUACCGAGAGGAAACCGUUUCAGAGCUUUGAUCGGUAUUCACCAUGCUAGGUGGAUGUCGAAAUCGAUCUACUCCCUAAAAAUCUUCUUGUUCAGAAACCAGUUUAAUUUAACAUCGAAAGAAAAAUCGGGACUGAUAGAUGCAUGUAUUUUUAUUAUCAUGUCGUACCAGAGGGCUUGGUUCACGGCUUCUAAUGCAGUCUCAGCUCCGAACAACGAUCUUCAUUUGUUGAAAAGGAUCGCAACGAACGCUAGUUCUUCAAGUCGUGUCGCAGUAAAGCUCUGGAAAGCUGUUUUUGCCAAGUUCGUGAACCACCUCUGGUAUUUAUCGGAGGAAUUGAUUGCUUUUGCCUUUUUUGACGAGAAUGUAACUCUAGAUUGUAAGAGAAAAAUGUGUCGAGCAAUCAAAUCUUCUCCGCCACUCGGUGAUGAUAGAAAGAGGAGAAGAACUGGAAUCCAUGAUCUAGCGUUGAUUCCACAAUUAAGCUUAGAUUCAUUUGUUACGCAGAAUACACAGAAAUUCUUCGAAAUUUUGAGAAUCGACUGUAAUUUUCUGGAGAGUGAUCCAGUCACAUGGGAGAUGAGAGAGGAUUUUGCCAAAGCUAUCAAAAUUGUCAAAUCUCUCCAAGUGACAAAUGAUAUUGCGGAAAGGAGUGUGGCUCUCAUGAGCGAAUACAAUAAUUUGCUCACGAGAGACGAAAAUAGCAAACAAAAUUUAUUGUUAAUUGUGAAAGAAUUCAGAGAAUUAUCACCGGGUUACUCGAGAAAAGAUUUGCAGUCUAGGCUUGAUGAUUAUUUAGAUAACCAACUGCUGAAUGUAAAUAAAUAAGAAUGAUUAUAAAUACUAUUACUAUUAGAUUACGAUUAAGUCAUAAUUAAGUUAUACUUUAUAAUAAUCAUUAUAAUAAUAAUAAUACUAAUAUUGGUAAUUGUUAAUCGACAAAUGCCCAUGAAGUAAAGUCAACCAUGAAUAAAAUCGUUGUUCCACUGUUAUUUGCGGUCGAACUAACCCUUCCCAUUUGAUUCCCGUUAAAUUCUGAAGCUUAUUUGAUUCUCAAAAUCCUUCAUUCCUUCUAAUUACUUCUCCUUCCGCCUCUCUCAAUCGGUAUUCUGAAUGCUGAUCAAUUUUUUUAAUAGUAUUUUUUUAUGAAUUAUUUCAUAUUAAAGGCUGGCAACCGAUUGACAAAUACGAAAAAAUAUCAAUAUUGUAUUUCAGAGGAAGUUUCAUUGCAAUUUGCAUAACGAUUUUGGUUUUUUAUGUCUUUCACCUAGAACAUUGGGCUCAACUGAUCAGAAACUCUCAUUUACCGUAUAUCAUGAAAUAUUUCCCCGAUAGAGUGACAAAACUUUGUAAUUAUCGAUAUUUAUUGAAAUUUCAUAAGGAUUGAAAUAUAGUAAGCUUACUUCAAAUGAAGCUAUUCCUACGAAUCAAAUUUCAUUAGAUUCGUCAUGAUAUGAAGCAUUCCACUAUGUAAAUUUUUAAUCGAAAUCAUUGAAAAAUUAAAAAUUCACUCAUGGGCAAUGAAGGGUACACUUUUAUUUAUUGGCUGUAGUAAAAGAUUUUGUCCCGUGCCAGUGAAGGGUCAGACGGUUACCUGACCCUCUCCAUUUCAUUUUACAGCUCUCAUUAGGAGCACCAGAUAAUCCGAGCACCUGCCGUUUCCAGAAAUUUUAAAAUUUUCCA